ACAAAAACAGAGUUGAGUUGUUGUUUUCACCACUUCGUCUUAAUCUACUAUUGUGAGUUUUGUUUUCAUUCAAAAGGAUGGCUGGAGAAAGAGGUAGUGCCUUGGCCGCAGCUUUGGUGAUGAUAGUGGCCAUGGCCACGAUGGCUCAAGCCGCCGUGGUGACUUGGGGGAUACCCCCAAACCCAGGAAGUCUGACAGUGUCACAAAGUGAACCAGUUACUUUCAAUUUCGUGGCAAACCAACACGAUUUGGUAGCUGUUAAUGAGCAGCAAUAUAACCAAUGCGACGCGGGGUCUAGUCCGACGAAAAUCCCUCCCAAAACGGCGGUGACCCUAAAGAAGGGGAAGAACUACUUCAUCUGCACAAUCGGCCAGCACUGCAUAAAAGGAAUGAAGAUUACUAUCACUGCUACCUAAUUAGUAACUGAUGAAUUAUGAGGAAUUAAGCCACUUUAGUACUUACUGUAUGUGUGGGUGGCUCUCACUAUCAUGUCCAACUUUCUUAUUUCAGACCACUCUCUACCUCUCUCUCUCCCUACUAUAUUAUAUUAUGGGGGUAGCACUUUGUAUCCAAUAAACCAUUAAUCAAUAAAAUGACGAUAUUUCUGCCUAAUUAUUAAUUAACCUUAAUUUACAUGUCUUACGGACCACAACAUUACAAUAUUCCACCCAACUCCAUCUUUGGAACAGCUGCAAAUAAAACUAAACCAAAUUGGGUGUGGUGUUUUUACNA